GUGCCGGUGAAAGUAACACGUGAAAUAGGUAUUCGUUUUCCAAAUUUACCGGGUUUCUCGUCUAGUAUGGUUCGUCGUGAAGCACAGCUGACAGCAUCAGCUAAUGUUGCUACAUCGGGAGCUGGGAUGACAUCGUCUAGCGCCAAUUCUGCCAUUGUCACAUCAUCAGCGACGCCAGCUACUGAAUUAUUUUAA